AUGCCGGCCGUAAAAGGAGAUGGAAUGCGAGGAUUGGCCGUUUUUAUAUCGGAUAUACGAAAUUGUAAAAGUAAAGAGGCUGAAAUGAAGCGGAUAAAUAAAGAACUCGCCAAUAUAAGGUCAAAGUUCAAAGGAGACAAAACUUUGGAUGGAUAUCAAAAGAAGAAAUACGUUUGCAAACUGCUGUUCAUUUUCCUUCUGGGAAAUGAUAUUGAUUUUGGUCACAUGGAAGCUGUCAAUCUUCUUUCAUCAAAUAAGUAUACAGAGAAACAGAUUGGAUAUUUGUUCAUCUCUGUUUUGAUCGAGCAGAAUUCUGAUUUGAUGAAACUGAUCGUACAAGCGAUUCGCAACGAUCUGACUUCUCGCAAUCCGAUCCACGUCAACCUCGCUCUUCAGUGUAUCUCAAACAUUGGUAGUCGUGAUAUGGCAGAAGCGUUCUCAAACGAUCUUCCAAAAUUGCUGGUUUCUGGUGAUACCAUUGAUUUUGUAAAACAGUCGGCAGCAUUAUGCUUACUGAAGUUAUUUCGGACAGCUCCCGACAUCAUUCAACCGGGUGAAUAUGCCAGUAGAAUUGUUCACUUACUAAACGACUCGCACAUGGGUUGCGUGCCACUGGCGAUUUCUCGAUUGAGUAGGAUAGUGACGGCAACUUAUACGGAUCUUCAAGAUUACACCUAUUAUUUCGUCCCUGCACCUUGGUUGUGUGUGAAACUACUGCGACUGCUGCAGAAUUAUCCCCCUCCAGAGGAUCCUUCAAACAAGGCUCGUCUGCUUGAAUGUUUGGAAGGAGUUUUGAAUAAAGCUCAAGAUGCGCCAAAAUCCAAAAAGGUGCAACAUUCUAAUGCGAAAAACGCUGUGUUGUUUGAAGCCAUAGCCUUGAUCAUUCAUAUGGAUAGCGAAGCAAAUCUUCUAGUUCGCGCUUGCAAUCAACUUGGUACAUUCCUUGCGCACAGAGAAACGAACUUGCGGUAUUUGGCGUUAGAAUCUAUGUGUCUGUUAGCAACAUCUGAGUUCUCACAUGAAACAGUGAAGAAGCAUCAGGAAACCAUCAUAAACAGCCUAAAAACGGAAAGAGACGUUUCUGUGCGACAACGUGCUGUCGACCUACUCUACGCUAUGUGUGAUCGCACAAAUGCCAGUGAGAUUGUUUCGGAAAUGCUAUCUUAUCUGGAAACGGCCGAUUACUCUAUCAGAGAAGAGAUGGUGUUAAAAGUGGCUAUCUUGGCUGAAAAGUAUGCUACUGACUAUACUUGGUAUGUUGAUGUAAUCCUGAAGUUGAUUCGAAUUGCCGGUGACUACGUGUCGGAAGAAGUAUGGUAUAGAGUAAUUCAGAUUGUUGUCAAUCGUGAGGACGUUCAAGGAUAUGCUGCGAAAACGGUAUUUGAAGCCCUGCAGAGGCCGGCUUGCCAUGAGAACAUGGUGAAGGUUGGUGGAUAUAUAUUGGGAGAGUUUGGUAAUUUAAUAGCUGGUGACCAAAGAUCGAGUCCUCAAAUCCAAUUCGAGCUGCUGCACUCGAAAUUCCCUUUGUGCAGUAUUGCAACCAGAUGCCUGCUUCUCACGACUUACGUGAAGUUUUGCAAUUUGUUCCCCGAGAUCAAGCACAUAAUCCAACAGGUGUAUCAAAUCGAUCAUAACUUACGAAAUCCGGAUGCGGAGUUGCAACAACGGGCUGUGGAGUACCUCCAAAUGAGUAAAAUCGCAAGUCCAGAUGUUUUGGCUACGAUAUUGGAGGAGAUGCCGCCAUUCGCAGAGAAAGAAAGCAGCCUUCUAGCCAAGCUCAAGAAAAGCAAACCACAGGUCGAGGAAAUGGAGAAUGUGGAGAAGGAGAAGAAAAGUCGGCCCAACGCAACCAUGGCUAAGGAUGGUGGUUCUGGAACACUCGUCGAUUUCUCGCAACCCGGAAAUGAAGGAUCUGACUCACUUGUUGAUGUCUUUGGACAUGCAUCUUCCGGAAGAUCUCAGGAACAUGCCCCUUCAGGCAUGGGCGGUGCAGGAGAAGAAAUGGACAUUGCGAACAAGCAUGAUUAUCUGAAGUUCGUUGUGAAAAAUAACGGCGUACUAUACGAAGAUGAAGUGAUUCAAAUUGGCUGCAAGCUUGAGGCGAGGACGAAUCUGGCACGUUUGGGAAUGUUCUACGGCAACAAGACAUCUCAUCCGUUCACCGACUUCAUCCCCACUGUUAGCUGUCCCGGAAUACUCGCUGUACAGCUUCAAGCCCAGAAAUACCUGUUUUUCAGAGACCGAGCUGGCCAAACACACAACUUUGAUAAGUCAGUAUAUCUACCAGUCUUUGUCAACAAGUUUUUCGAACCUACUGAAAUGGCAUCUGAGCAGUUCUUCACGAGAUGGCCUUGUGUCAGCCAUCGCAAGAGGUCAUCAAGAUCUUCCCUGCAAAGGUGUCAAUGGAUCCCAGCACUCGUUACGCAGAAAUUGGUUGGUCUGGGCGCGAAACUAUUGGCCAAUGUAGAUCCCAAUCCUGAUAACUAUGUCUGUGCUGGUAUAAUCCAUACGCAAACGCAGCAGAUUGGAACUUUGAUUCGAUUGGAGCCAAACAAGCAGGCCAAGGUAAGACGUGGUUUUUGA